AUGACAUUAGAGCGACCGAUCCUGUGGCCGCCUCCUCUCAUGGACCCCUCAUUGAUCGCCUCGUCACGACCCCACUCCGCCCCACGUCGCGCCCCUCGCAGCCCCCAUCGCGGCCCUUUCGCGACACUCGUGGCAGCCUCAGCUGCGCCCGUUAAGGCACUCGUCGCGACGACCAACGGGGCGCACUUGGCGCUAAUCGUGGCGGCCCCGCUCGUCGGCCCCGUUGCCCCCCUCCCCGCCGCGCCCUCCUGCACCUUCGUCCCGCUCUAUCGCGGUCCCGAGCGACUGCAGCAACGGUCCCUUUGGGGGGAGGCGGCAGGUGUGGCGUCCGGGUCGCUGCAGCCGUUUAUCGUGUCCCCCCUCGCGCUCUCCCGAGGUGCCGCCCGUCGUCCCGUCACUACUGAAGCGCAUGCAGCACCUGCGCGUGCGUCAGCUGCCGCCGCCGCGGGGGGAGGUGAUGUGGGUGGUGGGGGUGGUUGA